AUGGGCUCGUCAUUGUCGACAAUGAACCCACUCUGCGAGGCCUGCUUGGAGGCAAGACUAACAGCCAGUGAGACUUGGGAGACAUCGCGUCGACGGCCUGACUGUUUCGAACAGACCUGUCUCGUUCACAUAUGCGGGCUGGUGCGGGAGGAGCAGGCUUACAGCCUCGUUCCCAUGCGUCCGCAAGUCUCUGCCGAGCGUCGGAUGGAGGAAGGUAGGUACUUCCCCGAGGACGACUUGCAACACAACGAUAGCGCCCAGGGCGCACAGGACCUGACCGACAAGCCGUGGCUGUGGCCUGUGGCCGAGGUCCUCUUCGAUGCUGACGACUAUUUGGAAGCCGAGCCUGCCUCGCCGCAAGACGAGCGUGACGAGGAUGGGCCUUUGGAGAACGAAGAGCAGGUGGUGAUGGACCCCUACAUCGACGAGAUUGCGUCCCAUGCAGAUCACGACGAAUCGCCCUCAUCGGACUUGCCACUACUUGACAUUGACUAUCUGGGGUAUCAGGAGAUCGAGCCAAUGUCCAUGGGACCGGCUCCUGACGGUGAGGAGGCGGCGGCGACUUCGCGCCGCUUCAUCAACGCACAAGACUCCAGUGUCAUUUGA